AAUAAAAAACAGCUGACUUCCUCUAUAAUUUGGUUUUUAAAUGUCGUCUUAAAAUCAAAUUUUCAACUAAUUUUACUUAUCUGUUCAUUGAGUGGUAAUCAAAAUGAAUAUUACCACGUUUUUAAAUAGUUCACUCCAUUUUAACGCUUAUCGAAGAUACCCUUUCUUGCUUUUUGAGCUCAAAUCAAUAACUCGACAGUUUUUCACUCGAAGUCGAGUAUUUUUAAGAGUACUUGUCAAUGAAAUCAAAGGAACAAAGACUGUGCCUGUUCAUAAUAGUGGAGUUACAUCUCAAGUGAUACAAAUAAAUAGACGUCCUUUGCUUCGCAAUUUAGGAGAUACAUCAUGUAAUCAUCAUUGGAACUCUUUACUUGGAAAAAUCAUUGGCAAACGAACGAACAAUGCUAUUGCUGCAUCAAUUAGACGAAAUAUAGCUAAGAACUUAGCUAAUGGAGUUUCUUUAGGUCUAGUUGGAGUUGGUUUUAUCAAUAAAGAUAAUGUUCCAGUUUUAUUCAAUGAAGAAGAUGAAUUGGAUGCUGUAAUUCAAGAUAUUCGACUUCGAUUUUCUGCAGUUAACUGGAAUAUUGGUUCACAGUUCAACCAGAAAGGGCCAAUUAUGUUUAAUUUAGAGGACAUAAAGUUCGGAAAUUGUAUAGCUAAAGGAUGUAAUGCAGCUGUUUACGAUGCUUCGAUUGAACCAAAGUUCCCUAAUCCAAUUGCUAUCAAAGUUAUGUUCAAUUAUGACGCUGAGUCAAAUGCUGAUAUUAUUUUGAAAUCAAUGGCCAAAGAAUGUUUGACCUUCCAAGGUAACUUUGGAUCAGAGAUAUUCUCUUUUUCAAAAGAACGGUCACCUUUAAAAUACCAUCCAAACAUAAUUGAAAUCUUAGGAACCACCGUUGAUAUGCUUCCUAGCUUACCCGAGGCAGAGAAACUUUUUCCAUCAGCUUUACCUCCCCGUCUUUGUGAACAUGGUUUUGGAAGAAAUAUGACAUUAUUUUUAGCUAUGCCAAAAUACGAUUGCACUUUACGAAACUAUUUAGAUAAAUACUAUCCAACCAGAGAGAUUUCUUUGAUUCUUUUAAGCCAACUUUUCGAUGGAAUUUCUUAUCUAGUCAAAAACGGCAUCGCUCAUAGGGAUCUCAAGGCUGACAACAUAUUAAUUGAUCUGCGAGAAGGUCACAAUUAUCCAUGGCUUGUUAUUACGGAUUUUGGCCAUUGUUCCACAUCUUUAAUUUUGCCAUUCUAUUCUGAUGAAAUAAGCCGAGGUGGUAAUCAAGCUCUAAUGGCUCCUGAAAUAAUUUUGGCUCAGCCUGGUUCUUUCUCUUAUCUGAAUUACUCUGCUGCAGAUAUUUGGAGCGCUGGCGCCAUUGCCUAUGAGAUAAUGGGGCAACAUAAUCCAUUUUACAAGUAUCCUGAUCAACUUAAUCAUUUGGAUAACAGAACAUAUGAUGAAAGUGAUCUACCACGGAUUGAAAGAUCGAAAACUAUCAAUUUGCUUUUGAAAAAGAUACUUAAUCGCAAACCUUCAUCCAGACCUACUCCAGCUCAAGCCCGGAAUGUUUGCUAUUUAUUAUUACUGCUUAAUCAGCGAAAGUUGGUACAUCUUCGAUGUCUUAACAAAUCAAAUUUAAAGCCUUCGAUCAAAGCUGGAAAAAUAAUUCCAUUGAUAAAAAAUAUCUGCUCUUCUACUCUUUUUCAAAGAACAACUUUAAUCAAUGGGCGCCAAUUGAAUUCAGUUGAAAAGGCGAUGCGUACCAUGUUUCUGUCGCAGCUUAACUCCGAAGAUUUGUUGGCUGCAAUAGCUUUUAUCCAGAUUGAUUGAUUUACUUAAUCCAGCUAUUCAGAUAGUUAACUACAUUUUCGAAUCAUCGAAAGAAAGUUUAUUUUAUUUAAAUUUUGAUUGUUUUUGUUUGUCUUUAAAAAAAUUGUUUUAUUUCUUUUAUCUGUAAAAAUUACAUUCAAUGUAUUAAAUCGAUUCAUUUGGUUGCUCUGUUACAAGAAA